AUGAUGAAGCCUGAGUUCUCUUACUUUUCUGUAUUCUGUAUGUACUUUCUCUUUCUGCAAGUGAUGAUGUCUUCAGAGAAACCGAGGGUCACUACUCCCACAAGACAUGUGUUAGCUAGAGUAAGAGGCCAGGCUUAUCUUAGCUGCCAGGUGAUCCCACCACGCAAUGUGGCAAAUAUGGAGGUGCGCUGGUUCAAGAGUGGCCAUUCCCAACCUGUUUACCUAUACAGAGGUGGCCACAACAUGAGUGGAGAAGCAGCUCCUGAAUAUGCAAAUCGUAUAGAGUUUGUGAAGGAGGCCAUUGGAGAAGGCAAAGUAGCACUCAGAAUUCAUAAUAUCAGCAUUUCUGAUAAUGGACCUUAUCAAUGUUCAUUUAAUGAUACUGGCUUCAUUGAUGUAGUCAGUAUGAACCUCAAUGUGACAGCAGUUGGAUUGGAGACAGAGAUCCAUGUUCAGGCUCCUGAUGCUGAUGGAGUAAUGGUGGAGUGUAAUUCAGGAGGGUGGUUCCCAAGGCCCCAAAUUGAGUGGAGAGAUAGUAAUGGUGAAACAUUUCCGCAGUCAUCAAAAUCAUAUUCACAGGAUGAAGCCAGUUUUUUUCACAUGAAGAUGACUCUUCUCCUCACAAACAGGUCACAGGGCAGCAUCAUUUGUUAUAUUUUCCACCCUGUAACAGGUGAAGAGAAGCAAACAAGUAUCAUUCUAGCAAAUGAACUCUUUAAUCAAGACCAUAUUUGGAUGGAAAUUUUAGUUUCUGUUGUAUGUAUAAUGCUCAUUAUAUAUCUUCUUUUCAUCAUCUUCAUUUUCAGGAGACAAGGAUGUGCAUCUGGAUGCCUGUCUAAAUGCCUUCCUGUGUUGAAUUUUUGGCCUGUUCAAUUAUCGCAUUUCUUAUUCUGUACUGGAGUACUCUUUGCUAUAUAUUUACCUCACCGGCGCAGAGUCUAUCUUUCAGAUCCUCAGUUUCCCUUGUACAACAACUGGAUAUCUAAAUUGCUAUUUGUGACACUUUUUCUGACAAUGUGUUUUGUCUUACCAAUCAUUGUCUUAUUAUUAAAAAAACUUUCAUCCACAUCUCUGACUAAAUGGAAGAACAAGGAUGAUGUCAUGGACAGGUGA